GUUCAUGCAGCGAUUUGCUUUUUCUCUCUUCUCUGACCCGUUAGGAUUUCUUUUUAUUUCUCCGCCAUUGUUGCUCUAUUAAGCUUGAUUGAGCAUCUCAACAGUUACAUGUAGUACUAUUUAUUUGUUUAAUUCGUGAUAAUCCACAACAUCUAUUUAAGUAUUUAUAUCACUCUUCAUAUUUCAACAUUAAAGUCCACCAAAUCUCCUAUACUAUGCUUUCACAUUUCUUAUUUCUCUAAACCCAAAACAAUCAAAUUAAGCAAGCUUGGAGCAACUAAAUCUCCCAGUUGCCACUCCCAAUUGGAAAUUGUUCAACUUGUUUUCUUUCUGCAUUUCUGUUUUCGAAGUGGAAGAACAGUAAAGAAGACAAAUUUCUUCAAUCUUGUUUUUGAAGGUGACCGAGCAAUUAUCUCAAGGAAGUUGGGUUGUAGUUCGUGAAAGACUCCAAUUUGAACAAUUGAUAUGGAGGUUGUUGAGACGUGUGAAAAAAGAACUCUUUCUUCUGUGGAGCCUUCCACCGAACGUAGUUUUCCAUCAAUUGAUGAGGAAGUUGUGGGUUUUGUGGAAGAUGCAGAAAAUCUAAUGAAGAAAUUGACUGGAGGAACAAAGGAUAUGGAUGUCCUCUCAAUCUAUGGAAUGCCAGGACUCGGGAAAACAACUUUGGCCAGGAAAGUGUACAACAAUCCUUCUAUUGUUAAUCACUUUGAUGUUAAAGCAUGGUGUGCUGUUUCGCAAACAUAUAAUGUGAGGACGUUGUUGGUUGAGAUUUUCAAACAAGCAACACAUGAUAAGAGCGAAAUUAAAGAGGACGUUGACAUAGCUGACAAGUUGCAGAAGGCUCUAAAAGGCAGGAGAUACCUCAUCGUACUAGAUGAUAUGUGGCAAGUCGAGGCAUGGGAAGAUCUGGGAAUAUGUUUCCCUAACGGUGAAAAAGGAAGUAGAGUAAUAGUAACAACUCGAAUUGAAGAAGUGGCUAAGAAUCUUCAGCACCGCAGUGAUCCUUAUUCUCUUAGAUUUCUAACAGUUGAAGAGAGUUGGGAAUUAUUGAAGAAGAAAGUAUUUCGAGGAGAGACUUGUCCCUUGAAGCUAGUGGAAGCAGGGUUACAAGUUGCCGAACAUUGUAAGGGAUUGCCUCUUGUCGUCGUCCUGAUUUCUGGAAUUAUUGCGAAAAUGGAAAGAGAAGCGUCCUUGUGGCUCGAGGUUGCAAAUGACUUAAGUUCUUAUGUCUUAGAAGAGCAGAGCAUGAAGGUGAUACAAACAAGUUAUGACCAUUUAGGAAACCACUUAAAGCCUUGCCUUCUUUACAUGGGCUUGUUUCCAGAAGACUUUGAGAUUCUAGUGUAUGAUUUGCUGAAGUUGUGGAUAGCUGAAGAGUUUGUAUUGAAUGCCGAAACAGAGAACAUGGAGGAAGCAUCUAGAGUUUGCUUGAGCAAUCUACUUAAUAGAAGCCUUGUAAUGGUCUCUAGAAAGAAAUUCAAUGGUGAUAUAGAAAGCUGCAUACUUCAUGAUGUAGUGCGUGAGUUUUGCUUGAGAAAACUUACAGAAGAGAAGUUUAUGCAGAUUAUUGUGCCAUACAGUCCAUAUCAGCAUUCAUGUCCUACGGAAUCACGGUUAUGCAUUUAUAUGCAUCAUGAUCUUGAUAAACAAUUAGAUCAUUCUGAUUAUCAGCUGAAUAAGGUUCCAAUGUUCCAGUCUGCCGAGGAAGCAGAGUCUUUGCAGUUAAUUGCUCAUCCAGAAUUCAACAAAUGGGAUAACCGAUCAGAUCCUUUAUCUUUACUUGUUAAGUUAAGAUUUGUUCGGGUGUUGAAUUUGAUGAAGGCGAAAUUGCCAAAUUCUUGGGCUACUGCAAUAUCGUCGUUCCCUCACUUAAGGUACCUUGCACUUUAUGUUGAACAAUUUGAAUUCAAGUGGAUAUCGCACCUACAAAAUCUUCAAACUCUACGGAUUAUACCAAAAAAGAAAUUACACCCACGGGCUGCUAAUUUAUGGGAAAUGAGGAAGCUAAGGCAUGUGAAGAUAGAUGGUUUUUCCUUGGUAUGGGAAGACAAUGACCAGGAAUUUUUUGAAGAAUCUUCACCAACUAUGCUAGAGAACUUGAAGACAUUUGGCACUUAUCAUAUAGAAGACGUGGAUGAUAUGGCUCGAAGAUUCUGGUGGAGGUUUCCGAAUAUUGAAGAACUCAGACUCCGCAUUGAUCAUGUACCUAAGUUUCCUUUGUUUCCCAUAGCGGAAGUUCACACUCGGCUUCUAUCUCUUGUUCUGGUCAUAAGCCCUUUUAGAUUCUGGGAUUCAGUUGGAUGGGAGAGCUACUUUGUCUUCCCUUCAAAUCUUAGGCAUUUGACCAUUGCCGGCUGUUUCUUAACGAAAGAAAUAGUUUCAAACAUCGCAACAUUGCAGAAGCUUGAGAGUCUCGAAUUAGUGCACGGAUUUAAUUGGAAGGAAGAAUACCAGUGCUGGGACGUCACAGAUGUUGUGUUCCCUGCACUCAAAUACUUGAAAUUAGAAGCUGUGAGGAUGGAUGAAUGGAAAGCUUCAGAGGAAUCCUUUCCUGUGCUUGAGAAGCUAUAUAUAAAAUGUGGUUACUCCUACAAGGAGAUCCCUCCUAGCUUUGUGGAUGUUCCAACACUACGGUUUAUUGAACUGGAUGACUGCAUUGAUUCACUUUGGGAUUCAGCUAUGAAUAUUAAAAAAGAAAUAGAAGAGUACACUGGAUGUGACCGUCUCCAAGUUUCUUUAAUUUCUUGCAUCUGAUAUGGAAAACAAUUUUUUUAGUAAUUUGUGUCUUGCCGCAUAAUACUACUCUCU